AUCUUGUUUUGCAAAGUUAGAGAAUUUACAAAAAGUCCUAAAUGUUCAUUGUCAGCUCCGAGCUAUAGAAAGAAAACGGAAAAUGAAUUUAGGGCUUUUCUUUUCUUUUAUUUAGGCCUCAGGAUGCAUCUCAUGUUAAUAUUCAGAUUCAUGUUUAUAUUCAGCGGUGGGUAGGAUCUCCGAAGCAACAUCAAUAUAAUGAGAACCGAUCCGAUCCUCAAUAUGCCAAUGAGGAUCUCGUCUUUGUUCGAACACCACCGCAUCGUCAAUAA